UUGACUAGGAAUUGGAAACUCCUGACGACGUCGGGGAAACGAAAGUGAAACCUGCGAGCUCGUGAAAGCCCCGCCGGUCCCGCCCCAGAACAUUCGGUACUCCGCUCUUCCCAUCGUCGGCAGCACAAGCUGGCACUUGGAGAAGGACGACACCUGAACGCACCACUAUAAACGUCGAUAACUUUUCCAGAUGGCUCAUUCCAAACCUCUGCUCAUCCAGUGGCUUCGGAGUCAGAUUGACAGCGGCGUGUAUCCGGGAGUCCACUGGACCAACCAGCAGAAAACUGAAUUUUGCAUCCCUUGGAAACACGCCUUGAGACAAGACUCUUCGGACGCCGACAUUCGCAUCUUCAAGGCCUGGGCGAAUGUGAGCGGCAACGGCCGCGUCCACGCAGAGCCCUCGGUGUGGAAGAGGAACUUCCGAUGCGCGCUGCGGGCCAAAAACUUCAAAAUGAUCGCCGACAACAAGAACGACACGGCCAACCCCCACAAAGUGUUCCGGUGGCCCGACGAGUCGACGCAAGUCGACAACUCAUCUGCUGGAAAGUGGAGCCAACACGAAUCUGAAUGCUACGAAAAGCCUCCCAUCCAAGAAAGCCAUGUCGUCCCGUUCACGAAUGAGUUCCUCUACGUUCCUAUGGAAGAAUCCAUCCCCAAGGAGGACAUUCUGGAGACGUGUCUUAAAGAACUUGAAAUUGGGCCUCAAGCAGAAGAAGCAGCAGCAGCAGCCUUUGCGCUUCCUCCCGAGCAACAGGAGCCGCAGCGCCAGCCCGGGAUUGGCGGCCGGGCGUUGCCGUGGCAACAGCCGCAUCCAGUAGCGGCGGAGGGCGCCGUCGGCGAGGCCGGGUCGCUGGGGCAACCGGUGCAUCCGGUGACGGGGGCUGUGGGCGGGGCGUGCGAGGGCCAAUUAGCGAAGGAGUUUUUAGACAACAUGAACAAGACCAAAAAUGGAGAUAAUUUCAAGACCCAAUUUCGGGUCGCCGUGUACUACAGAGGCGAGAACGUGUCCGAGCAGGUGGUUGCCAACGAAGCUGGAUUCCGCUUAAUUUACAGACCUGGGCAGGCGGAGCCGGUAUUGGACCAGGAAUCGGGACUGACUCUGAUCUCCCUGCCGAGCCCCGUCACCAAGGAUCAAACCCAGGCCAGGCUGACCCAGCGCAUCCUGGAAAACCUUGGCGAGGGCUUGGAGGUCGGCGUGUCGGGCGCCGUCAUCUACGGCCAGAGACGGGGCGACGUCAAAGCGUUCUGGAGCUUCUCCAAGUUCGAGCAGAGCGGGGAGCCCCAGGAAAUCUCCAAACUUCAGCCGCACCCGCUUUACUCGUUGACGUACUUUAUCCACGGGAUACUAGACUUUAUAGAACUUGACAGCAAAGAGUGUGGUCCUUGCUCCCUCGUCUUCUGCCUGGGGGAGAAGUGGCCUGACCCAGGCAAGAGGCCUUGGACCAAGAAACUCAUCGUUGUGGAGGUUGUACUCACGUCCAUGGAAUUAUUGAAGAACAUAGCAAUGGAGGGGGGCGCUUCCUCCCUGAAGUCUGUCGACCUGCAAAUGUCGCUAGAGGAGAUGAUCAUAGGUUGACGCUGCACUUUGCUUUUUUACUCAUCCAUAGCCAUUUUUUUUUUUUUUUACAUUGCCGCUUCCAUUUUGUUAAUUUUCCCACCUUUACCUGUGCCUCUGCAAAUAAUCCCACGGUGCACGACGCAAUAAAGAGCCACUCAUCCUGUUC